AUGGCGGACCCGUUCGAAGUGCGCAUGCGCUUCACAAGCCAGCUGCAGCACCUCAACGCCUCCGUCACCUCGGCCCAGAAAGCCGCAAACUAUGCCCUCAAGUACCGCGACAUGGACGAGGACCUGCACUCGUGCAUCCUCGAACAGCUGGAGAGGAAUAACAUGAACAACCGUGCGAACAUCAUGUACUUCAUCGAGCACCUGUGCGACGUCGCCCAGCGCGAGAAUCACCUCGAGUUCGUGCGCAUGAUGCAGCGCGACAUCCUGCGCGUCAUCGACGCCGUCGCGCCCCCGGACGGAUCAGGUGCCGCGAACGUCAAGGUCGUGAGGAGGGUGCUAGCUGGCUUGCAAAACAAGCAGGUCCUCAUCCCACAGACGGUCCAGGAACUGGAAGAAUGUCUCAAAGAGCGCGACAUCGCCGUGGCACACCCAGCGUUGGGGUCGCCGACAAAUGGUGCGACUGGGAGCGGCAAGCACACGCCGCGCGGGAAUGGUGCAACGAGGUUGGACAAGCGUCAGGUCGAGCAGCGGAUAGAGGAGGAUCGAGAGAGACAUAAGAGAUUGAGGGAGGUCAUCUGGCAGGUGGAGCCCGAGAACGACCGCGAGUUCGAGAAGAUGUGGGAGGAGAGCAGCGACAUUGGAGACGACGACUACAUGGCUGCUGAGGAAGAUGCCCAAGAGCGGAAACAGGCUAUUGCGUUUGAUCGUGAGCCUUGA